AUGGAUAAAAUGAGUAGAGCCUUAGAAAUUUAUCCUUAUUGCACUUUGGCACUCAACCACCUUGCCAACCAGUAUUUCUUUACUGGCCAGCAUUUUGUGGUUGAGCAACUGAGUGAGACUGUUCUCUCUUCAAGCAGUCAUGGACUACUGAAAUCACAAGCCUACUAUAACUUGGCUGGAUCAUACCAUUGUAAGGUGAUGCGCCCCAUUCAUAUACCCAUUGAAUUAGUUGGGUAUUAUUUCACUAAUUCUCUGUGCCGACACUUUGGAUUUCCUUGUUGA